GAAGCCAUUGGCCGACUGAUCGGAAGAAUACGUCGUUGUAACAACUUAGCGGUAAAGAUCAAUUAAGAAAGCAGGUAGGAUGAAACCCUUCCCAAGGUGGACCGACUGUUAAUCCCUUGAUUGUAUUGUUAGAAGAAGUUUGUGGUUUCACGGCUGAAAUUGAGUAUAAGUAGUGAGCAAAAAUCUCAGUGAUCAUCAUUCAUUGAGCUUCUUUCACCUUGUCAACUACUAGAAAUACCAUUCCGUUAUUCCUUUAACUCAUUGCUAAAUUCUUGACAUCAUCUGUGAAUUGUAAUCACGUGACAACAGGUGCUUGUGUGCAGUGUAUAUCUAUCUUGGAAUCUAGUAAUUUUAGUGUACUAUUAAGUGUUACCCUAGACGGGUGCUCUCCGUGAGCUAAGUGAUAAUGUCGGUGUUUUCUAGUAUGGAUUUAGCUGUUUUUCUUCUGGUUCUCUCCGUCUACGUUUCCGAUGCAAAGUUAAGAAAGAUUCCCUUGAAACCAGUGAAAGAAAACUUAAAUGGAAUUCAACCGAACAGACCUGGUUGUAUUUUGGGCGGUAAGUUUUAUGAUAUUGGUGAGAAAUGGACCCCAUCUAUUCUACCUGUUGGCGAGAUGUUUUGUGUAAAGUGUGAAUGCGUGCCAGUUGAACGUAAAGGGAUCAUUGAUAUGAAAGGUCAGACUAGGUGUAAGAAUAUUAAAGACUUGUGCCCCCGUCCCAACUGUGUUAGCCCAGUUCUUCCAAAGGGUAAAUGUUGUAAAGUUUGUCCCGAUGAAGUGAAGAGUUUUGAAGAUAAGUUCACCCUUGGUUUGAGCAAGCAAGUGGCCACGAUGAUCAGUUCCGAUAGUAAACGACGAGCUAGAACAGAGUUUGUUGCCCUCUUGGUUGGUAAGAACGUGAGACGCGAGGGUGUCGAGACUUCCGCCGUAGCCGCUGUUUACCUGUCUGUUAUUAGUAAUGAUGAAAUCAGAUAUUCUGUUCGUUAUCAUAAAUUAGAUCGUCCAAAGUUUUUACAGAUCACUGAUGCUAAUGGUAACGUGUUAUUUGAACGACCCAUCGAGAAACGACGAAAUGGUGAUAAGAGAUUCUGUGGUAUUUGGUCCAAGGUUCCCGCUGCUUAUGUCCAGUUUGUCCGAAAAGAACGUCUUUUUGCGGUCAUCACUUCUUCCCGUUACUCUAGUGGUUUGGUAUCUGGUCGUUUAAUGGUCAACCGUCACGCCAAGAGAGAAGUAUUCAGUUCUGUGCUUGCGUCACCGAAACCCGCCGGUAUUGGUGGACUUCUGUCUGUCAUCUACAACCCCAGAACCCACCUUGUUGAUUACGUCAUCACUUUUGAUGGUCUUUUCCCAGGCUCAUCUGAGGAAUAUUUCGUCACUAUUGGUAAGAAGAGCAAAGUCUUGCACCAAUCUACCGGUAAAGCCGACUCAAAGACUCGUUUCAUCCGGGGUUCUUGGACUCUUAGCAACAAACGUCAAUCUAAACAACUGGCACGCGGUCGUCUUCAUCUUCGCCUGACUUCGUCUAAUGGUGCCAGUGUCAGUGGUGAUAUCCGACCAAAGCUUACUUGUGGUGUUUCCCAAACCAUCUUAUCAUCUGGUAGUUCUCUAGAAAACGUGAAAUUGGGUUCGUCCGGUACCGCCAUAUUUGAAUUGAGAGAAAAGGGAACUGUUGAGUACAAGAUUAGAUUGACUGGUCUUACUAGUAAAGUUCACCGUAUUCGACUAGAGGGCGCAGUUAACAAAAAGAACCGACGACAGAUUAUUGGUAGUGUACAUAAGAACUUUAAAGCUGAUGAAAACUCCUUCAAUGGAUGGUCUAAUGGUACCUUCAAGAAAAUGACUGCUGAUAAUCUCCAUCUUUUCCUCAACAAUAAAAUGUUUCUCAACGUCGCCACUACCAAACACCGUAUCAGUGAACUUAGAGGUCGAGUUAUUGCCCUUCCCUACCAUCAACACUUCACUAAUGGAGCCGUUGUUCCUGCUACACUCAGUGCCUUGUCUUCGGACUCUUUUGGUCAAGCUGGUAAUGCCUGGUUCUCUAUGGAAAUUGGUUGUUCUCUGCAUUACGAUAUCACCAUCACCAGCCAGGAUAAUCAGAACGACAUCACCAUCAGCUUAGUUAGUCCCACUGAUCCAGAUACCUAUGUUACCAUUGAGAAGAUUCCUUCCACCAAACUGUUCGAAUCACGCCUCGCUAUCGGAAGUAUUACAGAUAUCCCUGAAGACCUUUUCCACGAUCUUGAUGAUGGAACCGCACUGCUUGUUGUACUUGUUGGGAAAACCCGCCUUGCUGGAAACGUGAGUGUACCUAAUACCUGUUGGCAAUACAGCCAGGAUUAUGAUAUGGAUAUAUUAGUUGAUGAACAGACAUCAGAAGAAGUGGUUGCUGCUAACCGUUAUAAAUGUUUUUAUGAGGGUAGUGUUUAUGAGAAUGGUGAUAGCUGGUUACCUGAUGUUAACGCCACCUGCAAUACCUGUAGCUGUAACAAAGGAAAGAUUGAAUGUCAUGCCUUGAUCUGCCCUGUCCUGGCCUGUGCCAACAAGAUAACUGUUGAUGGUGAAUGUUGUCCUACUUGUGUCCAAGAAACUUCUGAAUCCAGCAAAGACUUCUUCUGCAAGCUUGAUGGUGAUCUGAGACGUCAUCGUGUUGGUUCUACAUGGCAUCCGUUCCUUCCUCUUAUGGGUUAUGCUAAAUGUGUCAUUUGCACUUGCAUGCCUGGUGGUGUAUCGAAAUGUGAACGAAAGUGUCCUAAACUCGACUGUUCUAAAUCCCGACGAAUCCGAUUGAACCCUACUGAUUGUUGCCAAGUUUGUGCCCCUGAAGAAAAGAAACCAGUAGCUGCCGUAAAACCACUACAAGAUGUUGACAUGAAAGGUGCCUGUACAUUUAAAGAACAGAUCUUCGCCAAUGGAGCUAAAUGGCAUCCACGUGUCAUGCCUUUUGGUUAUAUGAAAUGCAUCGACUGUACCUGCAAUUCUGGAACACCUGUUUGUCAACGACCUCAAUGUCCUAAACUUACUUGUAGCCGAAAGAUUAGAAAACAGGGCGCCUGUUGUGAUGCUUGUGCUGAUGAACAACCCUUAUCAGAAGUCAGUGAGGAAAAGAAAAGUGGAUCAUGUGUAUUUGGCGGCAAGAAGUAUGAUGAUGGUCAAACUUUCCAGCCUGGUAGCUCAGCUUUAAGCAGUUGUGCACUGUGUACCUGUACUAAUGGUUCCAUGAAGUGUUCCAUGACCUGUCCUAAAUCCUGCAGUGAUCCUAAAAAGAAAGACAACCCAUGUUGUAAACAUUGUGCUUGAAGAUAGUAAACCAAUUCCAAAAGUGAUAUUUAAAGUUAUUCCAGUGAAUGAAUGAAAGAUGAAUGAAUUUGUGAAAAAAAUGAACUAUUUCGUUGAUCGAAAAACACCAACAAAACGUGGCAGGAACACUGACAACUUCUUACCUGUACGAGAAAGUUUGGUAAUCAAAUUGUGAUCCAGUGAACUGUGUUCAGCAUUUAUAUAUAUGUUGAUAUGACUUGACAGUUAUUUGAGAAAGGACUCAAUUAAAGUAUAAACUCAUGUCAUUAAGAGAGAGGACUCUUGUUUUUUUAGUUGAUUGUUUCAAUCACGUGAGGACGAUUCCUUCAUUAACGAGUGACAAGUGCUAUCGUUGACGUCACUGGUUAAUUAGCCAAUCGUGUACUUUAGGAAAGAUCACGUGAUAUGAAUGACAGUGACAUUGUUGAGUGAUGUUAAUCAAAAAGUGCCUAUUUAUUAUUUAGUGCUGUAGUUACACUAUGUUAUGUAUAUAUUGUUAUUGUUAUUAUUAUCUUGUGUAUGUCAAAUGUCAAAAUGUUUGAUAAGAAAUGAGUGCAUUUAAUAGAAACAAUAAUGUAGAACUAUAAGCACUAAUCCUUCAUCGGCAGUGUUUCAGUAUAACUGUAGAAAAACAUUAAUUGAAUAAAUUCCCCCGUCCGCUAUCCAAACCAAAGAUUUUCAUCUGGUCAUAGUAGAAAUAAUCAUAGUCCUACUAAUUAAUGUACUCACUGCAUUUCAUCAUCAUUGUAUGUGUAUUUAGUAAGCAAUAUAUGCUAUGUAUACUUUGUUGUCUAUAUUUGUAUAUGUCUUUAUCAUGUUAUCAUGUUUAUUUGUCAUCCCAUGGUGCUACCAUUUAUGUAUAAUAAUAAACAAUUCAAAAACUA